UGCAGCUUCCUAUGAAUAAGCCCAUUGUUUUCUAACGAACAAUAACUUGCCGUAUAAAAAUAAAUGUGCAAUCUGAACAACAAACACAAGAUGAAGCAGGUGAAUGAUUCUACGUUGUGGUCAUGGUGUCUAACUGGCCUGUUGGUGAUGAUGACCGCAGCCAGACCAGUAAGAUCACAGCCCAGUGAUAGAAAUAGCACACUGUUUGCGGUUUACUGUAGUCAAUACAAAGGAAUGAACGAAGAAUAUUUGUCAAGAAACAUUAACACCACACUUUCUAGCCUCCACCGCAAGCUAACCGUCAACCGUUAUGCAACUGCACGCUCGUUGCUUAACGGGGACUCCGUUUGGGGUCUUGCUUCGUGCAGGGGCUAUGUCUCCAAUGCUGAUUGUCUGGCUUGUUUCGACUAUGCUGCUGUUCAGCUAAGAACCUGUGGGUUUGCCAAUGGUGGCUAUAUAUUUUAUGAUGACUGUGAUAUCAGGUAUGAGAACUAUAACUUCUAUACUGAGGUUAAAGUUCGGACUGGCGAGCUUAGAUGUAACAACGUAUCAUCAUCGACCCAGCAAGCAGAGUUCAGAAAAACAGCGAAUGGGUUGUUAUCUGACCUUAGAAUCGCGGUCCCAAAAACAUCCAACUUCUAUGCAGCCUCUAUGAGGAGAAUAGCUGGUGGUAAUGCUACUGUGUAUGCCAUUGGGCAAUGCAAUCUAAACAUAAGUCAAAGUGGUUGUGUCGAAUGCAUGGAAUCCAGAUAUACUGCUCUAGGUGGUUGUCUUCCUAGUUCUUCGGGGCGGUCAAUGGACAGAGGAUGUUUUAUGAAGUAUUCUACGACUCCAUUUUUCAGACAAGACCAGAUAACUAAUAUCACACCUCUUCUUCGUGACGACAAUUCAAGCAAGGAAGCCAUAAUUGGCGGAGUUGUUGGAGGGGUAUGCUUUCUCUUGGUGGUUCUAGGAUUUUUCUUAUGGAGAGUCCGAUCAAAACACUCAACUACUGGACAACUAGAUAAGUCAACUGGAUCAACCGUGUUGCUGCAAGGUCCAGUAAGAUAUGGCUAUGAUGAUUUAAGAAGAGCUACAAAUGAUUUUAGUGAUCAGAACAAACUUGGAGGAGGGGUGUUUGGUGAAGUAUAUAAGGGCACUCUCAAGAAUGGGGAUAAAGUUGCAAUUAAGAAGACAGUUAUGACCUCUACUAGAGCAAAGAUACACAUGGAUGAAGAACUGAAGAUCAUAUGUAAUGUCCAUCACCGUCAUAUUCUACGCCUUGUUGGCUAUUGUAGCAAAGGCCCCUACUUAUUUCUUAUCCAUGAGUACAUGGACAAUGGUAGCCUUGACCAAUUCCUUUAUGGUGACAAAUCUGGGAAUCUAAGUUGGCGACAGAGGAUUGAAAUAAUCUUUGGGACGGCAAAGGGUCUUGCAUAUCUACAUGAACAGUACCAUGUUACCAUUAUUCAUAGGGAUAUAAAACCAAGCAACAUUCUACUUGACAACGAACUUCAGCCCAAAAUAGCCGAUUUUGGGCUGAUAAGACUACUGCCAGAUGAGAAGACUCACCUCAGCACAAAAAUGCCAGGAUCAUUUGAAAAUGGUUAUGUAGCACCAGAAUAUGCCAUUCAUGGGCAAUUAUCUGCGAAAGUAGAUACAUACAGCUUUGGUAUAGUGGUACUAGAAAUCAUUAGUGGGAAGAGGUGUCACAAUGUCAAAGAUGAGGAAUCAGUUAACCAAAGCCUUCUUGAAUAUGCAUGGAAUCUAUACGAUAGCGGCACACAUUUGAGUUUAGUGGACAGCACACUAGACCCUAGUGAAUAUGGAGAAGAAGAAGCAAAGAAGAUGAUAGAGAUAGCGUUAAUGUGUACUCAGUCACCGGUUUCUGCAAGGCCUGCAAUGUCUGAAGUAGUUACGCUUAUAAGUGACAGAUCACUAGACCAAAUACCACCAGUAAGGUCUACCUUUCAAGAAGACGACGUGAAGAUUCAAGUUGGUAAAACAUUGACAUCAUUGUCCUCCAAUGAUACUGCCUCCACCGUUGAAUUUUCUGCCCAUUAAAAUUUCAUUUACAUCACAUUACAUGUUUUAAAAAUGUAUAAUAAGAUCAUUGUUAUCUCUUUUGAUUUCAUUCCUAUUUUCCUCCCAAACAAGGUCAAAACGAGUUGUUGAUGUGUUGAAUAAAUCUCUUCACAACAAUAAAGUUGUACAUCUUCUUUGGCAUAUUCAUACAUCACAAAAUGUAUAGUGUGAACUUGCUGAAAAUAUGUGAAGGCUACUUAUUCUAAGUCUAUCAAUCAAAAUACCACACUCAAAAGCA